GUACACUUUAAUUUACAUUUUACUAUUAAAAGCAUUGAAAUUCAUGUCAAUAUAAGACAUUAAAUUAUCAGUGUACUCAUUAUUAUUAUUCAUUAAAGAGUUUAAAUAGGCAUAAAAUGGAACCAUUUGUACAAGUAUUCUUUGCUAUUGACAAAGAUGGAACUGAAACUAUCACAAUAGAUGAAUUGAAAAAGUAUGUUGCUGAUAAUAAUCUUGAUGAAAUGAUGGUUACAAAAUGGAAAUCAUUAUUUGAUGCCAAAAAUACUGGAAAGAUAACGUUUAGUACUUUUUGUGAAGUAUUGGGUUUAAGUCCUGCACAAGCAGUAGCCAUGAAAACACAACAUCAACAAUCAGCUUCUGCGAAACUUCAUCCAGAUGUUGUUGUAAUCUAUGAACAGCUUCCAUUGGAUAAACAAAUUGCUAUCAGUAAUAAAGCAAUUGAAAUCUUAACAUCUCCAAAGAAAUUAGAUGAGAAAGAUCAAGCUGUUCAAUUGAAACAAUGGUUAGAUAACACUUACGGUAAAGCAUGGCAUGUUGUCAUAGUUAAAGGAUCAUUUUGGAGUAGUUAUUCACAUAGUGCUAAUAAGUGUUUUAUAUUUCGUGUACGUGAUGUAUCUUAUCUUAUAUGGAGAACACCAGAUGAAGAAAUAACUAGUACAUAGUUAAAUAACUAGAUAACUUGAAGAAAAACAAAUAAUUUAAUAUGAUAGAUAACAGAUGUUUUUUUCGUAACAUAAAAUAACAAAUACUAUUAUGAUGAAGAUGAUAUCCGGGGAUAAUUACUUUUUCUUAAAUUUUACCUUUAAAAGAAUAUGAUUCUUCAAAUUAUUUGUUUUAAUGCUUAUUUAAUUGAAAACAUUAAUAGAUAACUUGUAUCUAGCCCAAAUAAAUUCAUUAUUCAUCAAGUG